AAAGGGCUCAUCCUUCCUUCUCUCUUCGCCUGCCAUUUUCCUUUGUUGCAUUCUCUCUCUGCCUCUGAGACAACAUGGGAAGCGUUGAAGGAGAGAGAACAACUGUUGGAUGGGCUGCACGAGACCCUUCUGGGAUUCUCGCUCCUUACACCUUCAAUCUUAGGAACACGGGGCCCGAUGAUGUGUAUAUCAAGGUUCACUACUGUGGAAUCUGCCAUUCGGAUCUGCAUCAGAUUAAGAAUGAUCUCGGCAUGUCCAAUUAUCCCAUGGUUCCUGGGCAUGAGGUGGUUGGGGAGGUGAUCGAGGUGGGGUCGAAUGUGACCAAGUUUAAGGUCGGAGAAGUGGUCGGAGCUGGACUGAUCGUUGGGAGCUGUAGAAAUUGCAGGGCAUGCAAAUCUGAUAUUGAGCAAUAUUGUGGCAAGAAGAUCUGGAAUUACAACGAUGUGUACACAGAUGGAAAACCCACCCAGGGUGGCUUUGCUGAAACCAUGGUCGUCGAUCAAAACUUCGUGGUGAAGAUACCAGAGGGCAUGUCGCCCGUACAAGUGGCUCCACUGUUGUGCGCCGGCGUGACGGUGUACAGUCCAUUGUCACACUUCGGACUGAAAGAGAGUGGGCUAAGAGGAGGAAUAGCAGGGCUUGGAGGAGUGGGACACAUGGGUGUGAAGGUAGCCAAAGCCUUGGGACACCACGUGACGGUGAUAAGCUCGUCGGAGAAGAAGAAGCAGGAGGCUCUGGAGCACCUUGGAGCAGACGAUUAUGUGGUUAGCUCAGACGAAACUCAGAUGCAGAAGAUUGCUGAUUCACUUGAUUAUAUCAUUGAUACCGUGCCAGUGGGUCACCCUCUUGAGCCUUAUCUCUCUCUGCUCAAAGUUGAUGGCAAGUUGAUCUUAAUGGGUGUCAUCAACACUCCUCUGCAAUUCGUCAGCCCCAUGGUCAUGCUUGGGAGGAAGAUGAUAACAGGAAGCUUCAUAGGGAGCAUAAAGGAGACGGAAGAGAUGUUGCAGUUCUGGAAAGAGAAGGGACUGAGUUCAAUGAUAGAGGUGGUGAAGAUGGAUUAUAUCAACAAGGCCUUUGAAAGAUUGGAGAAGAACGAUGUGAGGUAUCGGUUCGUGGUUGAUGUUGCUGGCAGCAAACUUGAUGAAUGAAAAUGAAACACAUGUCAUCCUAAGUAACUUUCUGCAAAACUCAAUAAUUAUGAUUUGUGGAUGCCUCAUCGGAAUAUCGGAUAUGUUUGUUGUCUCGUCGAAUAUUUAAAUGCGAUUUCUUUCCAAAGAAUUCUAAAUUUUCUGUCGGGAACUGUUGGGUGGUAUUUUAUAUUAUGUGAUCUGUAGUAGUUCGCCAACUAUGUGACAUUUGUUACCCUAUCUUCCAAUGAUAGUAAAAAGAAGUCUGACAAUAUA